AUGAUUUCUACAAAGAAUAUAAAACUUCCAUGUCAAGCGUCAAAGAGGAGUCAAAGCCGGUUGUCAGCAAAGCCGGCAAGAAGAGAGUACAUCGGCGACAACGAGCGAAAGAACAAGGAACGGCGGACAGCGAUAGAAGCAACGAUGAAGAUGAGUCUGCGCGAGAGACUGCUGCCGGAAAGAAGCGACGUCAAAAUCCAAUGUUACAAACGCUUAAAUUUGCUCGAU